GCGCAGAAAGCGAGCCUGCUCCCUGAAUGCUCAGUGUGUAUCAGCAAUCUGCUGCAUCGAUGGAUUUUAAGGAGCUUGGAGACGGCUCGUCCUCCGAGGGCGACACGGAGGAUCUGGACAGCGUGAAAGCGCUCACGGAGAAGCUGAAGUUACAGACCCGCAGACCGUCCUACCUCGAGUGGCAGGAGCGCGUACAGAGCCGAGCGUGGAAGGAAAGAAAUUCCGCGGACGAUCCCGACUCAGGAGGACAGCAAGUCGUUUCCGUGCCGGCAAUUUUGAGGAACGGGAGCUCAGAACUGGUUGUGGGCAGCAUCUGUGGCUUUGACACCAUGGACGAUGCCCUGGAGCAUCUUAGAAAAGAGCUGAGGGAAAUGCAAGUUCAGGACAACCGACUGGCCCGUCAGCUGAUCCGUCUGCGGGUGGAGAUCCAUCGGCUCAAAGUGGAGCAAGUGUGCCACCGUCACAAGGAGAUGCUGGACGACGCAACGUACGAGCUGGAGGAGUGCGGAGAGGAGUCGGACCUGCUGUGUGAUAUCCCUAUGAAGGCUGCCUUUGCUCUGUCCACCCCUCUAAAACAUCUGGGCCUCACCAAGAUGAACAUCAACUCCAGGCGUUUCUCACUGUGUUAAAGACCGCAGGCCUCACUCGUGCCACUGAGGACGCUCCGUCACCUCCUCUGUGUUUGUGUAGGCAUUAUUGUUAUAAAGGGUUAUUUCCGUUUUGGGAGGUGCAGUGGGGCAAAAGUAAAGAUGAGCCACUAGCAGCUGUGAAUGAAAAUGAAAACGAUGAUGACUUUGAUGUGUGCCUUGGUAUGACAUGCAUGAGGAAGCCUGUGCAUACAGACCUGCAGCUCACACACCUUUAUCAUCACGCAGCUUCCUGCUGGAUGAGGUCUGGGCAGCUCUGCUGUUGACUGAGAGAAUUAAUGAAGACUAAGAGCUAGACUGACGUAUACUCAGUGAACUGAGUAUAUUUUUAAUAUCAGAAACCAAGGUGAUUUGGUGAUGCAAAUUCAUAUUUAACAAAGAAGUUUAAGCGGGACAAUAACUCAUUUAUAAAUCUGUUUAUAUUCACAUAUUCACAUUUCAACUAUGCCUUAUUUACCUUCUACUGAGUUCACUCCACCCACUGUUGGAAACGAGACAUUUCAGCUCCUCGAAUCCACCUUUAUUGUGACUGGCUGCCCCUCUUGAGAAGAGGUGAGGCGAUUUUGUUAAGGUUAUCCCCUCUCAUUGAGGUCAUUAGAAAAAAACUGUUGGAAACUGUGUUUGGAGCAGUCUGCAGCCUGAGCUUUUGGCUCACGGGGAUUACUUUGCAUACACUGACCUCAUUAUUGGGAACUUCAUUCAUGUUUAAUAUGACUGUUCUCCAUUGUAAUGUGCCUAGAACAGAUAUAACUUAUAUAUACAGUGAUUAACACAUGCAUUAGAGCAUGCAUUCGAAAAUUACCAAAUUAAUUUUUAUGCUUCUGAAAUCUGUCAGCACGUGCAGGCGCUUUAAUCAAAUUUAUAUUUGUAAUGAAAAUAAAAUAAAAAAAUAUAAUUAAUGUUAUCUGAGAAUUACAGUCAUUUACAGUCAUUUACUUGCAUUCCUGAACAGAAGCAACAAUUUGCCUGAUAAAAAACAAAAGAAAAUAAUUUUUUGUUCAAGUCUUUUUUUUCUUUUUCUUUUUUUACAGAUUUCUAAAUCAUUUCUGAUCUAAUUCAUUUGUUAAGCACUGUAUGACAGAAAAUGAGGAAAUGUUAGGUCAACUUUAAGUUUAUACAGAAAUGAAAAUAGCCCUCCCACGUGUUCAGGUCACACUACUUUACAUCACCUCAGAAGUUAUGCUGCCAACCUAAAUAGGUCUUGGAACAAAAGUGAGAUGUUACAAUUUAGAAAAUGAAAUAAAGACAAAACAUAUUGAAGCUGUUUUCAAGCUUGAAUCCGUGCAGAAAAAAACAACAAACCAAAAUUACAUAUUUCCCCUGUGGCCUGCAGUGCUACUCAUGCUACUCAUCUCUCUGGAUUGGUUUGGGUUGGCUGUGAGUUUCUCACUUUGCCUGGCUUCUCUUGAAUAUAAUGGAAUCUAAUAGCUCUCCCCUAAAAUACAUUUAAAUACCUCAGCAGCAACGUCUCUUCUCUGAAAUCAUGACUCAAGUUUUAUUUUUAACCUACCGUGAUCUGCCAUGUGAGGACUGCAGUUAAGUAAGGUUAAAACCUCUUUACUUCUUACAUGCCAUCAUGCUUUUACAAGCAUCAUGAUUAGAUACCAUUUCUGCACAGCCGCGCACUAACUGCUGAUGUUCACAUCUGCAGAUUUUUAUUUAUUUAUUUUUUAAGUAACUGGGUCAUGACUUCUGAAAAGAGUCAAAUGUAUUCCCAUCAAAUAUAUUUUCGGCACUUUGAAUGUCAAGUAAGAUUUAGGCAAAGCCAUUAACGACCCCUUUAAAAGGUCACGAGCCAAAAAGUUUGGGAAACACAGCUUUACUGAAACUGAUGCAUGAAGGCAGCUGCUCCUGUCUGGUCUGGGCCGAUACGGAAAUGCUCAGCAACACGUUGAAGUAAACAAAGUCCUUUAAUGCAGACACUUACAGCAGCCACAGGCAGGUCACACUCCAGCAUUUUUACACCUCUUCUUCACAAACCAAAAAUAUCUCUGCAACCUAGCUGCUGCAGUGACACAAACCAGGAGCUCGUGUCCGCUGUUCUUUGUUUUUCAUUAGCACGUCAGGAUGCUGCAGAGCACUGAUUUUAGACUAUAUGUGGCUGGCCAGUGACCAAGUGUAUUUUGUAUUUUAAAUGAUUUUCUCUUUAUUUUAGUUUUUUUUAAAGAAUGAAUGAAUUUAACUUUGGUUGCAUUAAAAGUGUAAAACAUCUAUUAAAUGUAUUAUUCUAUGCAGAUUGUUAAAUCAAGUUGUAAUAUGAAUGUAAUGACUUAACUGAAAGAAUAUAUAAAAAAAACGCCUUAAAGUGUAAAUUCCUAAAUCUUUUUCUUUCACAUAAAGGACAUAUUAAAGAGGUUUUUGUCAUAUUUGAA